ACUGCCGCUCAGACCGCCGCCUUCCGCUUCGUCCGCGGCCGCGCCGUCGAACCCGCCCCCACCCACCAACCCACCACCGGAGCGUCCAGCGGCGACCCACCCCGCCGCAAGAACUCUUCGCUCAUCGUCGUCGUAUCCCUCCGCUUCGCCGGUCUUGGUGGGAUUCGCCCGUGCAGUGGGGAUUCGCCCGGAUUCGCUGUGUAUGCAAUGGCUGGAAGUGUUGGAGUGGGUGAAUACUCAGAACUGGAUGAUUCGAUGAUGGAUUCCAUUGACCACAAGCCUUCCUUCAGAGGCUUGAAACUGUAUGUGAAAGAUCUUGAUUCGAACACACUUCCUCCAUUUCUGGCCCGUGUGUGCGCCUCUGAUAAGCCAAGCUCGUACUCUAUGGAGGAGAUCUUAUGCAUUUUUGAGACUGCUGCAGAAGCUCAAGGCCGUAACAUUGUACCAUACAUCGGGCAGAUUGUUUCAGCAAUCGUCAGGAUUAUGUCAUCAGGGUCCUUGCAUAGUGCUGGUUGCUCCAAGGUGGUUUGCACAUUGUCCCGCUAUGGCAUUGAUCCUCUGGGUAGGGAAGAAGAGAAAUCUGAGAUUAUUAGCUCCCUUUGCCGUCCCUUAUCAGAUUGCUUGAUGAACACCAACAAGAGCAUCUCUUCUGGUUCUGCUCUUUGUAUCACUGCUCUUGUCCAGUCCAAUUAUUGGCAAUUCGCAUCCAAUGAGUUGGUCAAUGGUGUCUGCUUGAAGGUCUCGGGGGCUCUAGAGGAGGCUCACUGUCACACUGUUAUGCACUUAAGCUUGGUGGUUGCUCUGUCAAAAUAUAAUACUUUGACACUUGAGCCUUAUGGGCGAUCAUUGAUAAGAUCUGGAUUACAGAUAUUGGAUCAUAGCACUAAGGCUAGCAAUUCUCAGAUGAUUAUGUCAUCCAUUCAAAUGAUACAUUCCAUCAUGAAAAGGUUGAAUAUGAGGAUAAUAUCUUCAGAGAUCAGCAGCAUUAUCCAAGCUUUGGAGCAAUGCCAAGGUGGCUAUAUUCCAGAUAUCUGCACUGCAGCUUUUCAGGCAGCCGAGACUGCUAAGCUACUUGAGAGGCAGGAUGAAUGUGGAGAUCGCAAAAAACUUAGUCCAUUGGUAAACUGUAGUGGGAGGCAUAGCAGGAAUGGGUCAAAUUCUCCAAUUGAUGAUGCGGAUACUAGAGACAGUGGCUCUAGUGAAUCUCCUUGUGAGGUGCAAUCUGUUCGUUCAUUUAAUGACUUAGAUUCUCAGCCGCCACUUGGACAAUGUGCUGAUAUUCUUGGAAGCACACGUGCAAGGCGGCGCCUUUGGAGUAGUGGAUCUCACUUUUCACAUGCAAUGUCGGAUGAUGAGUUUUUCCACAUUUCAGCACCUGAUUGUCGUGAUACUAUGGGUACAAUAGGACAAUCUAAUUCUUCUGGACUUGUUAAGGCAAGUAGGAGGUGCUCAGAUGUGUUGACAAGAGUUGGUGACCCAUGUCCUACUUGCUUAACACCUCGAGCUACUAAUCAGGUGUACAGGCGGCAAGCUUUAUCAACUCCAAGGAAGCAGGUCUACUCUUUCACCUCUUGCAGUGAUUCAGAAAGAGAGAGCCACCGCCUACCUAAAAGCCUAGCUUUUAGGCAGAUACAGUGCCCAGAUCAUCUUUUGGUUCAAAAGGAUGGUGAAUUUGAGGAAAGGAAAGGCUACUGCAAGUCUAUUCAUCAGAGCAACCAAUGCCAUGCACAGAGUACAGACUUGCUGACUGAAGACCUGAAGUUCCCAACCAACAGCAGGCGUUCUGAUAGUGCGCGGACUCCAUGUGAAGUACGCAAUGCUGAUGCUGCUGAGAAUCAAAAGAUGAGUGGAACGAAGAAAAGUGAAACAAACAGUCUUCUCAGUCGAUUAAUUCCUUUCAUCUGCGUUGUGUUAAUCAUUGUGUUGUUAGCUUGGUGGAAGCAGCAUCCCAGUAAUGAGCUCUAUUUCGUUCCUACAUAGCAUCUGCCUAUGUGUUACCAUGCCUCUUUGUAAGUUCUUUUAGUUUCUGUGCCAUUGUACCUCUGCAUCAAGCCAUUGGCUUGUAUGAUGUCAUAUCUUAUACAGAUCCGUCAGUAUACAUGUGAAUGUUGUAGAUCGGUCCUUAGUGAAAAUGAAUCAACUGUUGCAAAGCAGUGCGAAUUGAUUGGAAUUCUGUUGGCGUACUUGUCUGUGCUUCGGAAUGUAGUUUGAGGAGGUAUGAUUGCUGGGACCUUCA